AUGAGUGCUUAUCCAUUGUCUGCUUGGCGACACCAAGCAGGGACGGUGGCCGUGUUGCUGUCGGCUCUGUUUGCUGGGGUUUCCCAUGGCAGUCCUGGCCUUUCCCUCCUUCCUCGUGUCCUGGAGCCUCUUCCUCUCGGAUCCAUCAAGCCCCAGGGUUGGCUGAAGGAUCAGUUGCAAUUGAUGAGCGAUGGCCUCGCCGGGCACGAACACGAGUUCUACGGCUACGUCCGGAGCAAUCCCUGGCUGGGAGGCGAUCAGGAGUACAGCUCGCUCAACGAGGCGUUUCCAUACUGGUUCAACGGGCUCGUGCCGCUGGCGUAUGGGCUGGACGACCAGCGUUUGAAGGACCAGGUCCUGAGCUCGGCAGACUACAUCCUAUCGCAUCAGCAGUCGGACGGCUGGCUGGGCCCGGAGACCAACCUCAGUACGCGCAACUUCUGGGCGCGAUAUCCGGCGUUUCUGGGUCUGGCCCAGUUGGCAGAAGCCGAGAACGGCACGGAUGUCGAGAGACGGAUUCUGGAUGGCAUGCACAGAUUCGUCAAUCUGAUGCAUUCCAUGCUGGCCGACAACUAUACUGGCUAUGUCGUGCACCCGGGAGACGAUUUCGAUGACCAGUGGGGACGCUCCCGGGCAGCAGACAUGAUCUUGGGGCUGCAAUGGCUGUUCGAGAAAGAUCCCCGGAACGACUCCCAGAUCCUGUUCGAGUGCAUGCAGUACCUGAACCAGAAAGCGUACAAUUGGUCGUACUGGUACACGGAAGGAGUCUACAUCAAACAGGAUCUGGACACCGUGCCAGUCAACAUCACGAAUUUUUACUUUCCUUUCGAGCAUGGAGUGAAUGUUGGCCAAGGGCUCAAGGCCGGAGCAGUCAUUCGGCGGUUCACAUUCGACGACAGCCUCGCUGACAGUUCGCGACGGGCCGUCAAUUGGACCUUUCAGUACCAUGGCACGCCUUCCGGAGUGAUCAUCGCGGAUGAGAGGUUGUCAGGUCUGAGUCCCGUCCGGGGCGUGGAGCUGUGUUGUGUGGUGGAGACGAUGUACUCGCUGAGCUAUCUAUAUCAGGCCCUGGGAGACGCCUACUUCGCGGAUCGAUGCGAACUGGCAGCUUACAAUGCUCUUCCUGUCAUGCUGACGCCCAACUGGUGGGCUCAUCAGUACGUCGCCGAGACGAAUCAGCCGAUUUCUCACCAACUAGCCGUCUCGCCGUUCUGGAACGUGAACACCGUCGGCCAGACCUUUGGCUUGGAACCCAAUUAUCCUUGCUGCACCGUGAACCAUCCGCAGGGAUAUCCGAAAUUCGUCUCCAACUCUUUUGUGAGGGUUGAUGAGGAUGGCAUCGCGCAUGCAUUAUUGGGGCCGACCUCCGUGAACACGACCACGAAGUCGGGACGACGAGUUAACAUCGCCUGCACCACAGACUAUCCCUUCAGCUACGACUUGACAUACUCCGUUCAAACUGACGGGCCUUUUGACUUUUUUGUUCGAGUCCCGUCAUGGGCAUCCACAUCGAACAGCGUCAUCGCUGUGAACGGAGGUUCGCCCCGUCCGGUCCAGGCAGAUCCAGCAACCGGCUUGCAUCGCAUCUCCUUGGACGGUGGAAUCAGCACGGUCGUAUAUUCGCUCUCGACAGACAUCCGCGUGGAACAGAGAGCCAACGACACCGUAUCGAUCUAUCACGGCGCUCUUCUCUACUCUGUUCCGAUAGGCGAGAAUGUCACCACCCACAGCUCCAACUAUCCAGGUGCUCCCCCGGAAGUACAGGAGUACACCAUGCUCCCGACGACGAAAUGGGCACUUGCAAUUGACCCUUCCACACUCCGGUUUAACGCGUCGCAGAACAACGGCUCUCUGCCGAAUCCGAUAUGGACCUUGAACGCGCCGCCCGUGACCAUCACGGCAACGGUGUGUGAGAUCUCAUGGGACCUGGUCAACGGGUACGCACCCAAUCCACCUCUCCCAGGCCAGCGAAAUUGCACGGGCGAUCCGUUCGAGAUUGCCCUGGUGCCCUAUGGGAGUGCGAAAUUGCAUAUGGCCGAGCUGCCGACGGUUAGUUUGAGAUAA